CAUGCCACAGUGCACGGCCACAGCCGACCAGAUAGAGCUGGUGACCGACAGCAUCUCAGGACGUGCGCUGAACUGGCUGCUACAACUUCUGCGUCGUUUUUUCAAUCUCCUGUUCUGUCCUGCUGUUCAGAGGUACGGCCUCCCUUAUGUGAACCAGAUGUUGGACACCAUUGCGAUGACAGCAGAAGUGUUCCCAAAGUUUGGCAUCAGCAUCGACUAUUCUGUGACCAGAGAUGUCCAAGUGACGGCCACAAGCCUUGACAUGUCUUUUAAGGGUUUGGUGUUCAGGCAGGGUGAGAACGCUGCUGCACUAAAUCCUGGUGUGGAUCCAGUUUUCACUCAGAACGGCCACAUGGCUUAUGUGGGCAUCUCAGAUUUUGUCUUCAACAGCGGCGCCACAUCCUUCUACAACGCCGGAGCCCUGGGCAAGAAGUUUGAGAAGAUCCCCUCCAGAGCUACCAGAGUGCUUUUAAGAAUCCGCCAGUUUUUCACACAACCAUGGCGCAUGACCGCUCCUCUUGUUGCUGGAAUUGAACUGACGGAGGCACCGAGAAUCAGCAUCACUCAAGCGCAGGGAGUCACUGUGAACCUGAGAGUCCGAGUCACAACAGCGUCAGAGCGGGCAAAUUCAGCACCAAAGACGGUCUCGUCAGUGUCGGCGACCUGUCAAGCUAGUCUGAAGGUGACCAUUCAGGGAUCUGCUCAGGAGAACCGUCUCAACCUUCCUUACAGUAACGUACAGUGUCGCAUUGUCACCAGCAAUCAGCUUAAACAAAUACUGGUGAGACCUCUCCAAGGCCUGCUGAACGACAGAUUGAACAACUUCCUGGAAGGUUGGUUCUAUGGCGGAGUCCCAGUUCCUCUGCCUAAAGGAGUGAUCUUCACUCAGGGCAUAAUCGAGUAUCACGAUGGCUUCAUUGUGGUUGGAGGUAAUCUGAACCUGACUCCGGCUGGGAGGCAGGCGCUGGGGGACAGAAACGGCAGAUAAAAGUUCUUCACGUCUGGAACCAAAGUUUAAACAGAAAUACAGCUUCAGAAGAGUGUCAUGCUUCUCUGCAAUAAAAGCUUCAGCAUCAGA